CCUAGAUUGUCCUACACUCGAGCGCUAGACGGGCCUUGGCUUUGUACGCGCUCCAUCACCUAACAGCCUACAGCGUUGUAGCGCAUCUGCAGCUCGUCUCUUUACGAAACGCGUAAACCAGGUCGACGCAACAUGAGGUCCAAGUUUAAGGACGAGCACCCUUUCGAGAGGCGCAAGGCCGAGGCAGAACGGAUCCGAGCAAAGUAUCCGGAUCGGAUCCCAGUUAUCUGCGAGAAAGCAGACAGAACUGACAUUCCAACGAUUGACAAAAAAAAGUACUUGGUCCCAUCGGAUCUGACUGUCGGGCAAUUUGUGUAUGUGAUCCGCAAACGGAUCAAAUUAGCACCAGAGAAGGCCAUCUUCAUCUUCGUGGACGAAGUCCUUCCCGCAACCGCAGCGCUUAUGAGUGCCAUCUACGAGGAGCACAAGGACGAAGAUGGCUUCCUUUACGUUUCGUACAGUGGGGAGAACACUUUGUGAGUCAUGCGUCCCAAGCAGAAUGAGUGCUGCCUUCUCCUGUCAGUCGCUGACUACAAACUUUUCAUCACGCCUGACUCUCCGGUCAUGCCGGACAUGCAGCGGCUGAACCCGAACCUCACAUGCGGCCUCUUUUAAACUGCUGGCUGGCCUACUGUCCAACUCUGUCCAGGGCUCAGUUCCAUGGCUCCGCGCGCUCCAUCC